AUGCCCGCUUCCAUUUGCGACCCAGUAACAAGCGCAUUGCGUUUAUCUCUUACCCCAGACGAUUCUCAAAGUUCCUCAUUGUUGGAUAGCAGACUUUACUCUUCCGCUAAAAGCGUUCUUUUGUCCAAGAUUGAAUUUGAAGAGUCUGGUGAUUAUCAAAGCAAUGUUCUCGAAGGACUGAAAUCUAAGUACGUGGUGAUCCGACCUAAAAAAUCAGUGCAUGAUAGUAAACUGCUUAAAAAGGACUGCAAUUCUACUGGCCAAGCAUCAGAUGGUAACAAAACCUUGGAAGAUGGCUUGCCUAAACCAAAAAGGGUUUUAUUUCCUGUGGAAAAAGUUCACUUGGGAUGGCAAAGUCCAUGGGCUGCUGGUGCUGGCAUGCAGAAUGUGGGUAACACAUGCUAUUUGAAUUCCACCCUACAGGCUCUAUUUCAUGUGCCUGCUUUGGCUAACUGGCUAGUCAUGGAAGUGACUCAUGCAGAGAAAUGUAAUCAACAAGAAGCCUGUGUGAUAUGUGGGAUGCGUGCUGCAUUAAUGGCUACGCAAAGAAGUGGUGGAGCGCCAAUAAAACCUUGGCAGGUGUACUCCAAGCUACGGCUUAUAUGCAGACACCUCACACCAGGCAGACAAGAGGAUGCUCAUGAAUUUUUAAGGUAUCUUGUGGAGGCCAUGGAGAAAUGCUAUUUAAGUCGGUUUGUCAACCACGACAAGUUUGAUCAGUACAGUAAAGAAACUACUCCAUUAAACCAGAUUCUUGGUGGAUACUUACGCUCAACAGUCCGAUGUCUUGCAUGCCACCACCUGUCCACUACAUACCAGCAUUUUCAGGAUUUAUUAUUAGAUAUAAGAAAACACUCCACAUUAGAUGAAGCUUUAGAUUCCUUUUUUUCUCGAGAAAGGUUAGAAGACUUAGGUUACAAAUGUGAGGCAUGCAAUAAGAAAGUUUCAGCCACUAAACAAUUUUUUGUUGAACGUGCUCCUAUGGUCCUUUGUAUAGCAUUAAAACGGUUCUCACUGAUUGGAGGGAAACUUUCAAAACAUGUCCAAUUUAGGAAGAAGAUCACUCUUAGCAAAUAUAUGUACAACAAAAGUCAGCAACAGUUGUCAUAUAAACUAGUAAGUUUAGUCACUCAUCUUGGCCCUACACAAAAUUGUGGUCACUAUACUGCAAUAGGACAAGCUCCAAAUGGGAAUUAUUACCAGUUUGAUGACAAUUGUGUUCGACCUUUACCUCUGUCGGCUGUGUUAGGCACUAACGCCUAUAUUAUGUUUUUUGAAAAAGAUAAUAUAGUUGAUGAAGCAUCUUCUUCAGCAGCAUCUUCAUCAAGUGUUGUAUAUGGUCCACAGCUACCGGACAACAUAUUAAAUAGAGAAAAGAGUCCAUUGAAAUUAACGUUUUAUAGAAAUGAUGACAGGAAGCCAGUUCUUCUUAAUAGCACUUCAGUAGAAGUUGCUAAACCUGAUAUCAAACCAAUUAUUUUAAAUAGCACACUUGGCAAGUCAACUGAAUCUAAUAAUGUCAACCCUGAACCAUGGGUCGUAAAACAAAAUGGUGAGGUAGAAAAACUUGUACAACCACCAAAGAUUUUAAAUGGUAUAGAAAAGAAUGGUAAUAAACUUGAUGAAGACGAUAAAAAAAUUAGUUUUGCAAUUAAGCGACAGAAUGGCGACGAAAACCAAGUGAAACCCAAGGUAUCUAAAAGUGAAUCUGAUCUCAGGUCAAUUAUAAAUUCAAAAGCAAUUGAGAAAUCUGCGUCGACAAGCAAGUUUGUGAGGACGCCUAAGUCGCCAUUAGAAAAACUUGAAGAGCAAAUGAAUAGAAGUGACUCAUCAGGUGUAUCGCCGAGAAAUGGCUGCACGGGAUCGAGAUUGGUGCCAUAUGAUUCUGAAUCAAGUGGUGAUGAACGAAAUGACCGAUUAAGCGAAGAUGGACCGAGAAGAGACGACGGUCGCCGACCGAAGCCUAGCCGAUGUGAGUCGCCGCGCGCGCUAGUUGUCACCACCAAGAGCAUGCAUCACGCCUGGACCGUUCACAGCGAGAACAGUGGUCCAUUACUCAGUCCCAGCCUUAAUGGUGUUACCAACAAAAAGGUUAAAGAAAAAGAGGAGCGGCGGUCAGAAAAUGACCAAAGUCCGAACACAAGUGUUAGUAGCAUGUCUCCUCUGAGCGACCGUAGUGGUACGGGUCAGGCUAACAUCAGCGCGUCAUCUGGUACGUCAGGGCCGGUCAGCCUUAACGGCGGCACCGGUACUGGAGCGCCCAGCCCCGCGCCGCCCGCCGCGCCCGCUUCACUGGAGACAAUGCGGCAUCUGCAGACUGUCUCACAUCGUGGUUAUGGUGCACCUGUUUCUUCUUGGAAUGGAACUCACAGCACCCUUUCACGACAGGUGUUCGAGGAACGACGAGAUGAGCGAAAGCGUGCCCUCGAGGCAACUGAUGAAAUGGAUCGAGGUCGCAACAAGAAAGUAAAGAAAUUCCAUCACUACAAUAAUCGCUUCAAUAAUAGCAGAAAUGGGUAUAAUCCUUUCCAGGAAAAACAGAACAAGCCACAUUGGGGCGGAAAUUUUAACAAAUAUCGCAACGAGCGGCGUCCCUCUCACCAUUUCAAUAAACACCACAGCAACAAGUACAAACGGUUUAAUAGAUACAGCAAUGGGCACCACUACCCCAGGCACCAUUGA